AUGAAGACUUUACUCGGUCCAUCACUUCUGAACUCUUACCACCGCUUCAAUGGUGAAAGAACGUCCAAGCAUAGCCCUGCAGAUAUAGACGAGCGUGCGCACAAUAUAAGAGCACAUGGCGCGGGCGUUAAUACACUCGCCCUUGAGAAGUUCGAUGGACGUAUCCUUCUCUCUGGGGGAGCCGAAGGAGGCAUCAAGGUCUGGAACUUGGAAGACGCUGGAAAUCCCAACAAGUUGCACACUUUCCGCCCCGUGAGCAGCAUCGCCAGGUCUACGAGAGAGGAGUCUUCCCCCGGGCAUAGUCACGGUGUCACUCAUGUUGCCUUUUAUCCUUUCGAUCCGGAUGCUUUUCUUUCAAGUUCUUACGACAAGAAGCUGAAGCUAUGGGCGACUCAGCGUUGCACUCUGUCGGCCACCUUCGACCUGAACGCAACUAUUUACUCCCACUCCACAAGCCCUGUAGCAGAUCAUCUUAUUGUGGCGUGUGCCACGCAGAACCCAGCAGUUCGUCUGGUGGAUUUGAAAUCAGGGUCUGCUGUACAAGCUCUUGUAGCGCAUGGCGGCCCUGUUUUGUCAACUGCAUGGAGUCCGCGCCACGAGCAUAUUCUUGUCAGUGGCCAUGCAGAUGGGAAAGUCAGAAUAUGGGAUAUUCGUCGUUCUGGUGGUGUUGUGGCACUGCUCGACCAGGAAGACUCGCUGGGUAUCGUUCACAAAAUGAAGCAUCUCAGUGCCGCAGGGGUGGAUUCCAGCCAGAUCCCACACUUCCGUAACUCGGCACAGGCGCACGAUGAUGCAGUGAAUGGCUUGCAGUGGACUGACGAUGGGAAAUACAUCAUCUCAGCUGGUCUCGACCGUCGCAUUCGUGUUUGGGACGCUGCCACGGGGGCCAAUACUCUCGCCAGUUUUGGCUCCCUUAUUCAGAACCAACACGCCAAGACAGCAAGUAUUUUGGUUUCUCCGGCGCAUCUCACAAGUGGCAAUAAUCUUCUCUUCUGGCCAAAUGAUCAGGAAAUUCUUAUCCUCGAUCUUCACGAUGGCCAUGUUGUGACACGGCUCCGGAGCCCUGGUGUGACGAACCCUAUAGGGCCACGAGGGGGCGAGAUGGGAAGAAACAGGAUCACGAGUAUAGUUUGGCGCGCAUCAGGGGGGACGGGACGCCCAGUUGGUCCUACUAUGGGUGGCGGCAACUCGGUUGGGGCCGUAUAUAGCUCCCAUAUGGACGGGAAAAUUCGAGCUUGGUCACCCCAAAUACCUGGGCCUGAGGAUGUAGCUGCGGAAGAGGAGACGCAUGAGGCAGAGGAGGCUAAACAGAAGAAGAGAAAGGCUGUCGACGAUGCAUAUAGAAGUCUUAUGGGCAAGAAGAUCACCUUUACGUAG